GGUUGUUGAAUUUUUGAACAACACCUUCCAAAGAUGGCGCCCCACUCCGAGUAUGUAAUCUUGCGUUGGGUGCGCGAUUCCGUCGCGUCUGGUCUGGGUCAGGUACCCAGGACCCAAAGAACGCACAUAACAAAGAUCCGCAUGCCCCGGGCCGGCGUGGCAGAAAUAACUAGUCCGCAGAAACCAGAUCUGCGCACCCUACCGGGGAGCGGGCGAGCCACCCGAUUGGGGCCGAGUGGAUUCAAGC